GUUUUGUUUUGUAAAAACUGGUUUCGCUUUGUGAUUUACUUUGUUUUUUAUCCAAUGAAAUUAAAUGGAAUUAAUGUUAUGUCGCAGGAAUGCUAAAUUGGUAUGCAUUUCUCCACAAUUUAAUAUAAUGGUCGACAUAAUUAGAGUCAUAAAAAUAUUUAUUUAUAUGAGGUAAAAUUAUAUUUGGUAGUGGUGUUAAUUUGGUAAAUAAACAUGGAACGUAUGUUGUAUGUAUUUAUAUUGGGGUUGUUUCAAUGUUUCUUGCCGUAUUGUAUGAGUGACGCUGGGCCAUCCAUGUUUGGGAAGCAUUUUGGAGGAGAGGUUUGCGAGAAUGACGACUUAUCUUGUCAAAAUAAGGUUGGUAUAUGGAUUAAAUAAAUCCUAAAUAUAUCAAUUAACAGAAAUCAGAAUAUGAUUGAUGUAAGUGUUUUAUCUUAUAUCAAUCUCUGUAGUCGAGGUGCAAUUGAGCAAUUCCUACUUCCUAGCUGAAAUACAGUAUGUUGUCAGAGAAGAGUUCUUUUGGUUUGAAUCUACCAAACACAGAAAGCUAAAAAAUUGCUUGACAGCAGAUUGUCAGCAGUGGGAAUUGAACCUAUGACCUUUCGCUGUAAAAAUUGGCGAGCCAAAGGUCACAGGUUUGAUUCCAAAGCAGUUUCAUUGUUAGCUUUCCCAAUUUGGAGAUACUCGAUUAAUUAUAAACAUAUGUCAAAUUCAAGUUUCAUUUAGGUUUCCUCCUGUAACACAUCCAGGGGACAAUGACUCUUAUUAAUACAGGCCUUACUGACCACAAUUGGCCACAUGAAUAUAGAGUUUCUAACAAAGCCGAAAAGGCAUAGAAAUAUUGAUGAAAUGAAAUGUCAUUUCAGCGCCAUUGUUGGGGGUAUGAAAAGGGAUGUGCAGAUUCCAGUCGCUGGUAUCUAAAACCUGAAUGCAAUGACGAGCAAGGGUACCAACGGUUUAAAAGGUAUGAGGAGAUUUGAAAAAAUCAAAGACGAUAUAAGUAUUAAAUAUUAAUUAAAUCAGUGUAAUAUAUUCUUCUGAAAUUGCUAAUUCCAAACACAGUCAGUCAGCUAGGGUGUUGGUCAUUGUGAUGGUUCUGUCAGUGUGUCAACCAAAUGGUCGACAAACAGUCUGUUGGUUGAUCUACAGUAUCCAUCCAUCAGCCAGGGUGCAUUUUAUGUUAAGGUCACCCCGAAGAUACGCCGGCACUCGAUGAAGUCACAACAAGACACAAGAAAAAGUUCAAAUUCAACAGCUGACAUUGAAAUUACACGCCAAGCUUUAGAAUGUACUUCAUGACAGUAUCACAAAGUGUUAAUUUCGAUUUUCAAAAGAACAUCUUAUUACUGUCGUAAUUUUAUUUUUAAAAUUGAUCGUUAUUCACUUGUUUGCUGCGCCUUUUGUAACAAGUCUGGAAUCCAAUUUGGACAAAAUUUGGCCAGACACUAUUCGCCAUAUGCGAGUACGCUCAAAAGACUACAAGCAUAUGCCAGUAUGUCGAUAGCUUUUGAAGUCCACGCUGAAGAUCUUCGACGUAUAACACUUAAAAUGCACCCUGGUCCUUCAGUCAGUAUACUGGCCGUAAACAUAGAUUGAAGUAUUGCAGGUUUUGUGAUUGCUCAUUCAUCCUUUCUUGUAUUUGUUAUAUUAUUUGUUGUUCACACACUUAGUGUCGAUGAGAAGAUGCAUGCAUGGUGGAGAACGGCUGAUUUUGGAUUUGUUAAAAAAGUUCAAGAUGAUUUAGCCACUGUCUGUGAAGCACAUGACCAGGUAUAUGACCAUAAUAGUCAAUCAUGGUGUAUGCAGUGUAACAAUUUUGAACUGUCUGUCCCAGCACAUACAAUAGUAUAAAAUAUAUAUGGAGAAUUUGCUAUUUUCAAAGUAGAAUUGUUUAAAUUUGUAGCUUGAAUGAAAAGAUAGAAGAUUUAUUAACCCAUUCAGUAGCAGCACUCCCCACCUGACGAGUAAAAUUGUCUGGCUUUAGACAAAGUAAAAUAAUAAAGUAGGGCAGAUUGUCAUGCACUUAACAGGAAGCAAUAAAAACCUAUCAGAACCAUUCUGUAUAUUUCACAUACAGUCGACCAUGCAUAUAUAGUUGUCAGAGAAAAUCCUCUUGACAUAUUUUUUGGGUAGUUACAGUACAUCCCUAUAUACCAACGAAAAAGCUUGUUUAUAUAUGUGCAACAGCCAGUUCUAUAACCAUUAGUUUAGAAAUACAAUCUUCUUGUUAUAAAUUAGGAUGAUUCGUCAUUCAUGUGCUCCAACAACAUGGCAUACUGUCGAGCCAAGAACUUGUACCUUGAUUUAAGAAAUCACUCAUCUGACCCGCAUGGAUGGUAAUAAUGAACAACUGCUAUUUUCAAAGUAGAAUUGUUUAAAUUUGUACUUGAAUCAAAAUUACUUUCAUGAUAGGCUGAAAGAAAACCCAUUUAAAGAUGGUCAAAUUGGAGGACAUUGUCACUACAAUCCAUCAGCAAUGACGAAUACAAAGGCACAUCGUAUGUCACUUUCAACUUGGUAAGGAAUUUUCUUCCAUUAUUGAUAUUAAUUUUUUUUUUAUAAACUUUCAUCUCAUUAUUUUUCAAAUGCCAGAACAAUUUUUCAAAUGCUAAAACUCUGUUUUUGAAUGCUAUAACUCUGUCAGUUUCAAAUGCCACAACUCCUUUUUGGAGUUUUGGCUUUUCAAAUGGCAAAACGCAGUUUUCAAAAGCCAGAAGGCAGAACUCCUUUUUCAAAAGCCAAAACUCUGUUUUCAAAUGCCAAAACUCAGUUUUCAAAUGCCAAAACUCCCUUUUCAAAUGCCAAAACUCCCUUUUCAAAUAUUGCCAAAACUCCCUUUUCAAAUGCCAAAACUCAGUUUUCAAAUGCCAAAACUCCCUUUUCAAAUGCCAAAACUCCCUUAAAGUUUUCAAAUGCCAAAACUCAGUUUUCAAAUGCCAAAACUUCUCAGUUCUCAAAAGCCAGAACUCCGUUUUCAAUUUCAAAUGCCAAAACUCUCUCAUUAAAUAUUAAUAAUUAAUAAUUUAUUGUGAUUGCUUUUAGGAUUGUUCAAAUUGAAAAAUAUUCAUCUUUGUCCUUUCAUCCUAUAAACGAUGGUCAUUGCGAUGUGAUUGUGGAGAAACCAACCUAUUUUAUGAAAUUAGAUGCAAGUAUGACAAUGGCAUGAUUUUUUCAAACGUAACAGACCAUUAAGCUGACUUUAACAAAUAAACUGAGGGGGCCAAAUUUCUCCAGCCCCCAGAGAACUAUAUUCCCACCCCCAGUGGUUUUGAUUUGUUGAGAAUAUAAGGGACUGGUCAUAAAGUAACUGCUAGGGUGGGCUGGAGGUAGAUCACAUAUUUUUCCAAUAAGUUUGGUGACCCAUCUUAGGAUGUAGAUAAAAAUUUCAAAGCCCAUCUAAUCUUACCAAAUUUAUUUCAUGACCCACCCACCCAAUCUAAAUUAGGAAAAUACACUUUUAUAAAACAAAUACUUGAAGGUAUGAACAUUGUAAAUAUACACUGGCACUGUAUUGACAUAUAUAAUUGCACCAAGCUUGACCGACACAUUCAUCACCAAUUACGAUACUGAGCUGUUCUCCAUUUGGUUGUAUUUGCUGUGAUUCGACCACCUCUUGUUGUUGUAUAAAACAAAGUACUGGCUUCAAUAGCAUCAUUUGCAUUUGAUAAUUUGGAUAGUUUUGUUUACUUUUAUUAUUAAUAUCUUUAUAUAAUAUAUUGGUUUUUGUUUGGUGGCCCAACCGUGGACAUACAAAAAAAUUGGCGGCCCAUCGAAACUGCCCAAAGAUUUUCCUUGGCCCAUCCCAAAUCACUCCAGCCCACCCUAGCAGUCACUUUAUGACCGGUAUCUAAGGAAAAUGUUCACACGUUUUGACUGCAUACUUGUUGGUCCCUUGAUGCUCAUGACGAAUUCUGAUGAAGGUGAAUUUAUCGUUUUCUAGCCGUUAACUUGUAUCAUCAUUUCUGCGACUAUUUCAACCUCUACUUGACUUUUCACGUAAAUGGCUCGUUCAGUAAAGAUAUAAAUAUUGUGCUAUGGGAAGAGGUACAGUAGGUUACAUUAAUUACACGCAAAAACUCUCCAGCUUAGCUUGUACUAAUUGUAUGUGACAUGUGUUCCAGAGCAGCAGACAUCAUCUGACGUUAAGAUGCGUAGCUUGUAGUUUGUCUUGACGGACGAUCUGUGUGUAUAAAAACGACAUUAGACGAACUAUCAGGAAGAUAUUAGAUAUGAUUUGUUCCCAAAACCAUUGCCAGUAUACGCUAGAUCACCCUAUUGUAGCUGGUUUAUCUGGCAUAGUUUAUCUUGUGUUUAUUGAUCCAUCAGACAGAUGAUGAGCUCUCAUAGAUGUUCUAUUUCUGGUGUAAUAGUACAGCGUCAUUUAACUUCAUUAAUUUCUACAGUCGCGAAGAAACAGUCUUGGCAAUUUUGGAGCGACAUGGCCAGCGUUUACUGACAAUGAAAUUAUUUAUUUGGGAGAGGCGUAUAGGGAUAAAAGGGUGAGAAUAAAAUUGAAAUUUCAGAAAUAUUUUCGUCCCCUGUUGUAUUUUGGUUGUUAAUGUAGGAUCGAUGGAUUCCUGACCCAACGUUUCAACACUCCAGUCUAUUGUCUUCAUCCGGGCUCAUCACAACCUCAUUUCCUUCUUAUACACUCGGGGGAUGACGUCACCAGUGAAGAACAAUUGAUCCAUUCUAUGGAAAAUAUAUUUGCACUAUUAAAUCCACAGUAUUUCCACAUUAUUUCAAUACUAUAUCCAGAAUUUGGAAAUGGCAAUAAAUAUAGAAAUCGGAUUUUGAAGUAAGGGUUUUGAAAAAACAAUUCCAAUAUGUAGCGUCCAAGAAGAUGAAAAGGUGGAAGAUAGCUGCCAUUGUCUCCAUUGAAGUCAUGAUGGUUCUCAUUACAUUCAUUUACUUAAAGCAGAGUAACGAAACAUAUCAGUCAUCAGAUGUGGUGCUGAUCUUGUUGUUUAUUUUAGGUUUGUUUUAAAGAAGCCAUAUUCGCGUUAUUACCACGAAUGGUGUUUGGACUCUUCUACAACACUCCUCUGGUCAGUUUUGUAAACACAGCCGAACUGUUUCGUCUUUGUAGUAUUUUUUUAAAUGAAAUGUUGGCUUGACACCUGUCUAUUAACGUUUGCUAGGUUCCGGGUUGUUUCAAAACUGGAUUGUUCAAAGCUUUUAACCGUUUUCUUAUGGAAAGACUAGAUAUUAAACAAGAAAAAAAUAUUACGGUAUGGAAUAACAACAAGGAAUGAAAUUUGUUAUGUAGAAAAAAUGAAAUGAAUAUAAAACUAAGGCAGUAUAUAAAUUUAAAAUUUUUCCCGUUGUUAUUAGGACAUAGAUGAACCAAUUCGUAUCGGUUUGCUGUCCAGAGGAACCGCUUAUAGACAGAUACUGAAUCAACAAGAGGUAGGGCUUGUGGAGGCAUAUUAUAGUCAAUAGUAUAAGAACUCGAUGCAGACGUAAUAGACUUCAGUAUCUUUAUCUUAGUUUAUGCAAGAAAUGGUCACGUGUGUAUUGUAUUUUCGCCAGAGCAACCAAUAGCUACUGUAUGUUUUGAUUUAACUAUUUUGUGAUAUCACGACUGGGCAAUUAAACCAUGGUUGUUAUAAGACCUGGUUAGGAAACCCGGCAAACUUCAAAGAAAUUACGCUAUAAACAAACAUGGAGGUUGAACAGUCAGUUUGACCCUGCACAUAUUGGUUUUAAUCAACGAGAAUUGACCAAACGAUGUAACACAGACAUACUCCAUCGCAAAAUGGUGGUAAUACUUCGUUAUUUGCACAAUAUGCCAUAAGAUAUAGCCCUGGUAGGCAAAACAAAUACUUGGUACCCAUUCCCUUCGCCAAGCUUUCUGAACUGACUAUUGUCAAACAAUAGAAAGACAAAGGAUUUUUCAACCGUGACCCUGCACAAGGUACACAAUCACCUAAAACAAAGGGUUUCCAAACCAUGUCAUAUAUAUUAACUAUAUGAUUAAACCACCACACUGAUAUUGGUUGGUUGGGCGAAAUAUACAGGGUGUAUAAAAAAAAGGUAAUCGAACUUCAGCGCGCUAUUGUAUCUGAAUUCCUCCGCGUAUGAACGAGAUUUUUUCACAUUUGGGAAGAUCAUGCUUUUAGCUGUUGAAUGAUAUCUUCUUCAUGCCAAAUGGAUAAAAAAUGAGCAAAUACGAAUCCGAUAAAAAAUCUUAGUCAGAAUCGCAUAUUUUCAUCGUUGAGAGUUGAACUCCCUUUGGUACUUAAGUUGAUGAAUUUCACUUCAUUAAACGACGCACAUAUUCAUAAUUAUUAUUAAGUAGGAAUAAAUCUUAGCUAAGCUACGACACGUUAGUGAUUAAUUGCUUUUUUCUUUUGUUAUGCAUUGUUUUAAUUAGGCACAGAGGUGAAAAUAUGCGAUUUUGACUAACAUUUUUAAUCGGCCUCGUACAUGCUUAUUUUUUCUCCACUUGGCAUAAAAAGCAUGUCAUUCAAUAGCUAAAAGCCUAAUCUUUCUGAAUAUGAAAACCAAUUGUUCAUACGCAGAGUAAUUCACGUAUAAUAGCGUGCUGAAGUUCGAUUACCUUUUUUUUUAUACACCCUGUGCAAUACACACGUGACAACGAACCGACUAUUUUUUUGCAUAAAACCAAGACAACAUAGAUAGUGAGGUGUAUUAUAUCUGCAUAGGAAAAGCAAUCCAUCCAGUGUAUUUGUUAUAUAUAUAUAUAGAUUGAAGAAGCGCUGCAAGGACUCCCUGGCACUAAGUUUGAAGUACUCAACUACAACUGGUCAGUGAAGAAUAUUCAGUUUUUGUCUAUAGUUCUAGGACUGCUUCUCCAUUUAUUUAUUCCUUUUUAGGAAGAUGCCUUUUCUGGAUCAACUGAAGGUAAGAAUAUCACUUAGGAGAUCGUUUUAUUGUCAGUAAGUUGGUGGAAAUAACCUUAAAGCCCAUUUUCCACUUGCGAAUAUUUUCGCGCGAAGCGACCUUUUUCCUUUGUCGGCAUCUACUUUGCCACAUCUUGGUGACGUAGUAAGUUGAUACCGACAAAGGAAAAAGGUCGCUUCGCGCGAAAAUAUUCGCUUGUCGAAAACCGCCUUAAAGGUCCAUACAGACCGGACGCGAUUUGGCAACGCGACACGAAUUUUCACUUUUCAAUGACAUUUAACUUCAAUAUUUUUCAAAUAUUCGGAACCUCUUCGCCAAUUUUAGCUAUUUGGUCUGCAUAUCUUGUAAAAUUUUUAUCCGUUGACGGUUUUAUUUGUUUUUGAAAACUAAAAAUUCGCGUCGCGUUGCCGAAUCGCGUCCGGUCUCUGUGGGCCUUAAGGCUUGUUUUGUACGUCGAAUUUCGGUCGCGUCGAAUGCAAUUCAAACAAUAGAUAAUGAAGCUUAAUGAGAUUUAUCAUCUCAUUAUCUAUUGUCUUAAUUGCAUUCGACGCGUCUAAAAUUCGACGUAUAAAACAGGCUUUAGUCUCUACAAGCGGAACAACGAGAGAAUCUAUAAACAAAAUGCUUUUGACUCAAACUUGCAAUUUUGUUGUAAAUUUCGCACAGGUUUUGAACUGCUCUACUCGUUGCUGAGUGAGCGAUGUAUUUUGUAUUUUGUUUCAUUUCUCACAGACAAGUCAUAACCUCGACAUAUUUAUUGGCAUGCAUGGUGCUGGCCUGACACACAUGUUAUUCAUGCCUGAUUGGGCAGCUGUCUUUGAAGUGUAAGUGAGUGGAUGAUAAGAGAAAGAAAUCUUAUAGAGAAUGAAAGAAGACAAGGUGGCAGUGUUGAUGUUUAGUAUUGACAGUUUAGAACUGAUAGAGCUAUCCAGUAUAUUAAAUAAUGUUAGUUUAGUUUGGUUUCCUCCUGUAGUAACACUGGAUCAAUAAGAGAUGAUCCUUACUGAACCUCUAGGAAGAACAGUUUGGAACUGAUACUGUAGAGCUAUCCAGUAUAAAUAAAGUUAGUUUAGUUUAGGUUUCCUCCUGUAGUAACACUGGAUCAAUAAGAGAUGAUCCUUACUGGACCUCUAGGAAGAACAGUUUAGAACUGAUAGAGCUAUCCAGUAUAAAUAAUGUUAGUUUAGUUUGGUUUCCUCCUGUAGUAACACUGGAUCAAUAAGAGAUGAUCCUUACUGAACCUCUAGGAAGAACAGUUUGGAACUGAUACUGUAGAGCUAUCCAGUAUAAAUAAAGUUAGUUUAGUUUAGGUUUCCUCCUGUAGUAACACUGGAUCUAUAAGAGAUGAUCCUUACUGGACCUCUAGGAAGAACAGUUUGGAACUGAUACUGUAAAGCUAUCCAGUAUAAAUAAAGUUAGUUUAGUUUAGGUUUACAUAUAUAGAGCAAUAAGGUAAAAAGUCUUCACUGGACCCCUGAGAGAACAGAGAACAUAUUUGUAUUUGUUUAUCGUAUUGUAUUGUAUAGAUACAAUUGUGGGGAUGAGAAUUGUUACAAAGAUUUAGCAAGGUUAAGGUAAGUUCCAGAGACAAAAAUAUUAUGUCAUGGGUCCAGUUUCAUAUCUUGAAAAAAAAUAUUGGUGUAGGUCGGAAAAUAAUUAUUUUUUGCUAAUAAUUGUUGUGAUAUUUUUUAAUAGAGGAUUGAAUUACUACACUUGGGAAAAUGAAGAAAAGUUGGUUGAAAGAACGGAGGUAAAACAUCCCAAGCUAUUUUAAAUGAAAAAUGGACGAAGUAUAAUGGUUGAUUCUAGCUACUGUAUAGACUAAAUUCUUAUCUAUAUACAGGUAGGUAUAAUACUGAGAACGACAUCCAACACCACAGCGAAAAAGAGCCUCUUAGAAUGAGUAAAACUGCAACGAUUGCAUGGUUGCUAAUGCUGUAAAAUGAAGAAAAUAUAGCCCUGUGAAGUUCGCAAAUUUUAUAUAUAGCCUAUAGGCUACAUGUACAUUGUAUUUGUAUUACACACGGUAAAAAUAAGGUUAUUCCCGCGCCUUGAUGCAAAUACAUCCAAAAUUUGCGAACUUCACAGGGCUAUAUUUUCCUCAUUUUACAACAUUUCACAACCAAACUUUACAAUUUUACUCAUUUUAAGAUGCUCUUUCCAGCUAUGGUAAUGGGUUUCGUUCUUCUUGCCAAGAUCAAAUUUUAGUCUAUAUAGCUGGAAUCAUUCAGUCACCUUAAUUGCUGCCGUUAUGAGGACGAAGAAAACUAAAUUAUAAAUCAUCCGUUUGUCUUCUUCUAGAAUAAACACGACAAGUAUGGAGAUAAUCUAAAGUUUAGAAAUUUUGCGUUUGAUGUUAAAGAAUUCAUGAGGAUUGUCUCCAACAUGGUGGAACAAGUGAAGAAAAACAUACGAGAAUAUAAAGCUUGAAUGACUUUGUAACUUAUAGAGUAGGUAGGCCAGUUUAGUUAUUUGAAUAAAAUUUGUAGGAUUUUUUGAACUAUUAAUACUAUAAAAGAGCAUAAUGUGCAAUUCUGCUUGAUAUAGGAUAUAGCCGAUCUUAAUAUGCUUGCUUUAACAUACUAUGAAAUACUGUGAAUAUCUUGAUGAUAAGAUGAUAUUGCUUCAGCUGUUUCUUGCUAUAUUCAUUGCGAACAUCUGUUAGUUGGCUAUUCAUAAUAAAUUUGUAAAAAAUGGUC